AUGUGGCUUCCCAUUGGCUGUCCGCGGAACUGGGGCCGAUGCCGGAAGGAGGAGGAGGAGGGACUGCCAAACGUUAUGGCGGCGGCUGAGUCUGAGGGCGCGCAGGAGAUGAUGGAGGUGGACAGGAGGAUCGAGUCUGAAGAGUCAGGAGAUGAUGAAGGAAAGAAAAAAGGGGUUUGCCUAGUAUCAGACCUCAGUCAACAGAGCUUAAGAGACGAGCAGAAUGGUGAAAAUUCGACAGUGGACACAGAGACACCAGUGGACAUGGAGACGAUUAACCUGGAUCCAGAAGCAGAGGAUGUUGAUCUGAAUCAUUUCCGAAUUGGCAAGAUUGAGGGGUUCGAAGUGCUGAAGAAAGUGAAGACUCUUUGUCUCCGUCAGAACUUGAUUAAGUGCAUUGAGAAUCUGGAACAGUUACAAAGUCUCAAAGAGCUGGAUCUCUAUGACAAUCAGAUUCGAACGAUUGAGAACUUGGAUGCUCUGACAGGUCUGGAGGUCCUGGAUAUUUCAUUUAACAUAUUACGGCACAUCGAAGGGCUCGAUCAACUUACUCAGUUAAAGAAACUCUUCCUUGUCAACAAUAAAAUCAGCAAAAUCGAAAACCUAAGCAAUUUACAGCAAUUACAAAUGUUAGAACUGGGAUCUAAUCGAAUCAGGGAAAUUCAAAAUAUUGAUGCUUUGACUAACCUGGACAGCCUGUUUCUGGGAAAGAACAAAAUCACCAAGCUGCAGAACCUUGAUGCAUUAACAAACCUGACAGUACUCAGUAUACAGAGCAAUCGAUUGACCAAGAUUGAAGGGCUGCAAAACUUGGUGAACCUGCGAGAGCUGUAUCUGAGCCAUAACGGCAUAGAAGUCAUUGAGGGGCUGGAAAACAAUAAUAAACUUACAAUGGUGGACAUUGCAGCAAACAGGAUCAAAAAGAUUGAAAAUAUCUCCCACCUAACAGAACUCCAGGAAUUUUGGAUGAACGACAACCUCAUUGAGAGUUGGAGUGAUUUGGACGAGCUGAAAGCAGCCAAGAACUUGGAAACAGUCUACCUAGAACGAAACCCUCUCCAAAAAGAUCCCCAGUAUCGACGCAAAAUCAUGUUGGCCCUUCCAUCCGUCCGGCAGAUAGAUGCCACUUUUGUCCGGUUCUGAACCAUCUCCAAACCCCUGUCUUCUUCCCUUGCCUUCCUUCCUCUCAGAGUGUCACAGCUGGAAUUUUUAUCCACACUGCACCCUCUGUCUUCAGCCUAUUGACACUUAACAGAUCAAAUGGCCAACCAAGAGCACUGGUAGUAGACCUUGAAUAUAAUGCACACUCUUGUUGUUUUGGAAUAUUACUAUGACUAUUAUUAUUAUUAUUAUUAAAUCUUAAUGUGUGAGA